AUGCUGUCGAGUCUUACUCUAUGGGCGCUUGUGCCGGAAGAGGCUCAGCAUCAACACAUAAAGCAUGUUUCAAUGAGUGUUCAGGUUGUUGGAACACCCCCGAGCGCUCAGGGGAUCGGCUUCUCCUCCGUUUCACAGUCGCCUGCGGGUGUCAUGCUCCCAACAGAGCAAACUUGGGGAACACUUCCUGGACAGCCUGCCUCAACGGUGCCUGGUUUCUUCAUCCAAGAGCCUGGCGAGAAACGCUCCAACCUGGCAGACGUCGGCGAGCAGUUGGUACGGGUAUUCUUCCGGAAACGUGUCUCAUCAACGGGCGUCUGGAGUCGUGUAUUCUGGGGGAUUCAGACGCCUGGAGGUUGCUCUCCGAAGACGGAAUUCCCGUACUACUUGGUCAUGGGCACAAAACUUGCUGAUGUUCCAGUUCCUGUAGGCAAGAACUGCAUGGUUAUAAUCCAACUAGACCAAAAGGUACGGACUGCCACUAUUUAA